AUGAGUGGCUCGCACAGCCGGCUCGACAGGCUUGUCACACUCCUCGAGACCGGCAGCACUCCAUUGAUCCGGAACACGGCUGCAGACCAGCUAGCCGAUGUCCAGAAGCAGCAUCCGGAAGAUUUAUUCAAUUUACUUACACGCGUCAUUCCGUACCUGCGGUCCAAGAGCUGGGAGACCAGGGUCGCUGCUGCCAGGGCCGUAGGAGGCAUCAUCGCCAACGCGGAAAAGUUCGACCCAAACGCCGAGGAUGAGCCCAUCAAGGCCGAGGUCAAAUCCGAGUCCAACGGCCACGUCAAGGAGGAGGGCAGCAAUGGCACCAUCAAAAAGGAGGAGAAUGGUGCAGAGAGCGACUCGCUCGACGAAGACCUUCUCGAUCUUCGGACCAUGGACAUGGGCUCCAUACUGAGGUACGGCAAGCAGCUUCUCGGCAGCGCUGGCAAAGAAUACGACUACAAACUCGCCGGCAUGGAUCCUGCUUCACGGCUCGCACAUCAGAAGAAGACCCUAUCCCAACGACUUGGUCUCGCAGGUGAAUACAUGGAGGAAGAACUUGUUACUGAGCAUGACCUUCCAGCACAAACCCCAGCUGUGCGCACCCCAGCACCGCAUCGCAUAGAUACUUCAGUGCAGCGAUCAGAUAGCAUGGCUUCUGCAUCGGCCCUCUCUCCUCCACCGCCCGGCACCCCGAGCGGCGAUCAGUCCGGGCUUAGCAAGCGUCAACUUAACGCACUGAAGCGCAAAGCGAAGAAAGACAUCUCGAAGCAAGCGAACAAAGUACAAAUCGUCGACUUUGGAUCUGCCCACCGCAAGAGCUCACACGACAUACCCCAGACGCCAGCCAGUGCACAUCCCCAUGCCGUCAAGCAGGAACCAAAAGAAGACGCUGACGCCACGGGCACAGACGAUUACUUUUCUCUGGAACGGAAUGGUGCCGAGGACGACCAGAAGUUCGUGAAAGAAUUCAAGGGCGAACCGGUACCUGAUAAGUCAUCGUUCCAGACGGAAGCAGAAGAGCAAGGGCUGGAGUGGCCAUUCGAGCGUGUCUGCGAAUACCUCAGUGUAGAGUUGUUUGACCAUGCUUGGGAAGUACGGCAUGGUGCUGCCAUGGGUCUUCGAGAGAUACUCCGUGUGCAUGGCGCUGGUGCCGGGCGGUUGAAGGGCAAGACUCGCUCGCAAAACGAUCAGCUCAAUCAAAGAUGGCUCAACGAUCUCGCAUGUCGCUUCUGUUGUGUGUUCAUGCUCGACAGGUUUGCCGAUUACACGGGCGACAAUGCCGUCGCACCCGUUCGUGAAACUACUGGACAAGCGCUUGGUGCGUUACUCCAACACCUCUCACAAGAAAACGUCCUCGCCACAUUCCACGUUCUUAAUCGCCUCAUUUCACCGGAGGACGCCCCCACACAUGCUCUAUGGCAGAUAUCACAAGGCGGUAUGAUGGGUUUGCGGUACUUGGUCGCCGUGAGAAGCGACCUUCUUCUUCAAGACGACACCCUUAUGGACGGAGUGCUCAACGCUGUUAUCAAGGGCUUGGGCGACUCUGACGAUGACGUUCGUGCCAUCAGCGCCGCGACACUGAUUCCUGUUGCCAAGGAAUUUGUCGAGAUGCGACCUGACAGACUAAAGGAACUCAUCAAUGAAGUCUGGGCGUGUUUGUCCAGUCUGACAGAUGAUCUCAGUGCCAGUACUGGGUUCAUUAUGGACCUCUUGGCGAAGCUAUGCAGCUUCCCCAAGGUCUUGGAAGCGAUGCAGGCCAACGCUCAGAUGGAUGAAUCUCAGUCUUUCCAUGAGCUGGUGCCACGUCUGUUCCCCUUCCUUCGGCACACCAUCACCAGUGUACGUGCUGCAGUCCUCCGUGCGUUAAGCACUUUCCUCGACAUUCAAGACGCAGGAAAGGAUGGUUGGAUUGACAGCAAAGCCCUUCAAUUGGUAUUCCAGAACAUACUUCUGGAGAGGAACGAGGGUGUACUGCGAUUAUCCAUGCAGCUCUGGAAUUCGCUUCUCGAUGUACUUGGAAGUGCGGAGCUGCCAUUGCAUCUUGGCCCCAUCCUUGGAUCUAUCGUUCCUCUCUCAUUGACACCUAUUGGUGUACCUCGCCACCCGAUACACAUGGAUCAGUCUCUGCUCAUCAAGCCGUCCGGUCAAGCCUUUGGCCCUCCUGCAAACCAGCAAGUCUCCCGACGCUCGACGCCGCCACAAAACGGCGAGCGUGCAAUCAAGAAGCGGAAACAGUCUCGUGUCAGUAGAGAGGAGACACCGGCGUCAGCUAGUACCUCUUCCCACAACGUCGAUGGCCCCAUGGUCAACGGUGAUUUGGAGCUCGUUGGCUCUGAAGUCAUGAUCCGCUCAAGAAUUUCUGCCGCACAAGCCCUUGGAAAAGCGAUCGCAACAUGGCCGGAGGAUUCAAGAUUACAGACCUUCAAAACCACGUUGAUCCCUCCCCUCACCUCUACAAACUCUACGACCCAGCUAAUAGCAGCGAUGAUCAUGGAGGAGUUCGGCCAAUCGCUUUCGGCUAAGGACGAGCUCGCGGAAGCCUUCGUCAAACCGCUCUCAGACAUCGUAGAGGGUGAGAGGCCCACCGCAUACGAGGACCUCGUUCCGAAGUUGCAAAUUGUUCGAACGCAAUGCACCGCUUUGCUGAACGUCUUCCGCGACCACCACGUGCAAAAUCUCCCCAACAUCGCAAUAGUCGUCCAAGGUCAACCCGAGGCGAGUCAAUACGCGUUCUCCGUGGCGGAUGCUGAGAAGAUUCUGAGUGUUUCCUACGAGAAGUUGAAAAAGGCCAUGACCCCGGCAGCGCGUAUGAUGGCUCUCGCCAACUUGGAGACCACGAAAGCAGAAGUGGAAACCACCUUGCGUGAAGCCAGGGAUAUCAAGGAGGAGCGCGACGUUCGAAUCAAGGCUGCCGCCGCUGGAGCGCUCGUGUCCCUCAAAUCUCCUCCAGGAAAGCCUUCCCCUGCGAUCAAGGCCAUGAUGGACAGCAUCAAGAAGGAAGAGAACGUGGAACUCCAGAAACGCUCGGCUCGCGCUGUGGCAGGGUUCAUCGUUCAUCUUGUCGACAAGAACAAGACAGGUGUUGUCAAGAAGGUCGUCGGCAACCUCGUCAAGUUCUAUUGCAUGGAAACCGCGGAGACACCCGAAUUCCCCGCGCACGCAAGCAUUGAGGAUGGCAUUCUCACUCUCAAAAAGGACGAAGAUAUUCGUGAUCAUCCUGAUGCCGCCAAGUUCGCGGAAGAAUCAAGAGCCGCUCGCAUUACUAAGCGCGGUGCUCGCGAGGGUCUGGAGCAAGUUGUGCAAAACUUUGGCGCCCAAAUCUUCGCAAAGGUCCCGAUUCUGAAGGACUUGAUUGAGAAACCCAUCCGAAAAGCAUUCACCGAAGAUGCACUCCCAUCAGAGAUCGAAGACGAAGAUGGUGUGUUCGGACAAGAGGUUGUCGACGCCUUCUCGACGCUGCGCGCACUGGUCGGAAGCUUUCACCCCGAUGUCCAUCAGUUCAUCAAGGAUCUCCUUCCGCUCGUCGCUAAGGCUAUACAGUCACGACUUUACGUUCUACGUUACGUUGCGGCCAAGUGCUUUGCAACGAUCUGCAGUGUCAUGUCUGUCGAAGGGAUUACGAUGCUUGUCGAGAGUGUCCUUCCAUCCAUUAGCAGAUCCGAUCACCUGCAUGCUCGGCAAGGUGCGAUCGAGUGCGUGUACCAUCUCAUUCACGUCAUGGAAGACAGCAUUCUCCCAUACGUGAUCUUCUUGAUCACCCCAGUCCUCGGUAGGAUGAGCGACUCCGACAACGAUGUUCGUCUCCUCGCGACAACCAGCUUCGCCACUCUCGUCAAACUGGUUCCGCUUGAAGCAGGUAUACCCGACCCGCCAGGGCUUCCAGAGACGUUGCUGCAAGGAAGGGAUAAAGAGCGGAAAUUCGUUGCCCAAAUGCUGGACGCAAAGAAAGUCGAGCCUUUCGAGAUUCCAGUCGGCAUCAAAGCCACACUUCGUUCCUACCAACAAGACGGCGUCAACUGGUUGGCUUUCCUCAACAGAUACAACCUCCAUGGCAUCCUUUGCGACGAUAUGGGUCUCGGAAAGACUUUACAAACUCUCUGUAUGGUUGCCUCUGACCAUCACUUGCGCGCCGAAGAAUUCGCGAAGACGCAGGACCCCAACUUCCGCCGCGUGCCUACACUUAUCGUCUGCCCGCCUACACUUUCUGGACACUGGCAGCAAGAGAUCCGACAGUAUGCGCCGUUCCUUUCAUGCGUAGCGUAUGUGGGAUCACCUGCCAUUCGAGGCCAGCACAGGGAUCAGCUCGACAAGGUUGACAUUGUCAUCACCUCGUACGAUAUUUGUCGCAACGACAACGACGUCUUGAAGCCGUUCAGCUGGAACUAUGUCGUUCUCGACGAAGGUCAUCUCAUCAAGAAUGCCAAGUCGAAGACUAGCCAGGCUGUCAAGAAUUUCCAGUCUAAUCAUCGUCUCAUUCUCUCCGGUACGCCUAUUCAGAACAAUGUGCUCGAGUUGUGGUCGCUGUUUGACUUCCUUAUGCCUGGCUUCCUUGGUUCCGAGAAGGUCUUCCAGGAGCGAUUCGCCAAACCUAUUGCGGCAUCGCGCUUUGCCAAGUCCUCUUCGAAGGAGCAGGAGCGUGGUGCUCUCGCCAUCGAAGCCCUCCACAAGCAGGUCCUACCCUUCUUGUUGCGUCGCCUCAAGGAAGAGGUGCUCGACGACCUCCCACCGAAGAUCCUACAGAAUUACUACUGCGAUCUCUCUGACCUGCAACGCAAGCUCUUCGAUGAGUUUACGAAAAAGGAAAGCAAGGAGAUCCAGGCAAAGGCUGGCAAUGCCGACCGCGACAGCAAACAGCACAUCUUCCAAGCGCUGCAAUACAUGAGAAAGCUUUGCAACGGCCCUUCGAUGGUGAUCAAGCCAAACCACAAGCAGUACGAUGCUACUCAAGCCUAUCUGAAGAAGAACAAUACCUCGAUAGAAGAUAUCGCGCAUGCUCCCAAACUUGGUGCCCUGAAGGAUUUGUUGGUCGAUUGCGGUAUCGGAGCUGCAGAUGUGGAGAAGGAGAAGGGCAUCACUACCAACGGUGACCUUCCUGAAGCCGUCUCACAGCAUCGUGCCCUCGUCUUUUGCCAAAUGAAGGAGAUGCUCGAUGCGGUCCAGACACAGGUCCUGCAGAAGUGCUUACCUUCCGUGCAGUUCAUGCGUCUCGAUGGUAGCGUUGAUGCUACCAAGCGUCAAGACAUCGUCAACAAGUUCAACUCCGAUCCCUCAUACGACGUCCUACUCCUCACCACUAGCGUUGGUGGUCUCGGUCUUAAUUUGACUGGAGCUGAUACAGUCAUAUUCGUCGAGCACGACUGGAACCCGCAGAAGGAUAUUCAGGCCAUGGACCGCGCGCAUCGUAUCGGUCAGAAGAAGGUCGUCAACGUGUACCGCAUUAUCACGCGCGGUACUCUGGAGGAAAAGAUUCUCAAUCUCCAACGCUUCAAGAUCGACGUCGCCUCCACCGUCGUCAACCAACAAAACGCCGGCCUUGGCUCCAUGCAAACAGACCAGAUCCUCGACCUGUUCAAUGUAUCCGCCGAUUCAGCAGAUCCCUCUGCGUUGCCGCCGCCGCCGUCCAACGACAAGGAUGGCGGCACGGGUAUCUCAGAAAACGACGCAGUCGAUGCGGAAGGAAAUCUUAGGGAGAAGGGCAAGAAGGGCUUCCUCGAUGAGAUUGGCGAGCUGUGGGAUGAAAGCCAGUACGAGGAAGAGUUCGAUUUGGAGGGCUUCUUAGGCAAGAUGAAGAACUGA